CACAGUGUGUUUGCUGGGAAAGGGAUAGUCCAGGGGAAACUAGGAAUUAUAUUGUCUAUUUGCCUGCAAAGGAAUUAUUUUCCUCUCUGGAAUUUCCAUUUAAGAGAUCCUGGAACAACAUCUUAAAGGGAGCUGUUGCACUUCUGGCUGAAAUCUUAUCUGUCAUCAAAACUCAGUGACAUCAUUGUCAUUAUCACCUGAUCUGCAACAUAUUUUCCUGCCAUCAACAUCAUCACUUGCCAGCAACAUCAACACCGGGUGCAUCAUCGAGGACAUCAUGAGCAGAAGCUACAGUGUCACUCUCUUAGGCCCUGCCCCCUGGGGCUUCAGGCUGCAAGGAGGGAAAGACUUCAACAUGCCCCUCACCAUCUCCAGACUGACAGAUGGUGGAAAGGCAGCUAAAGGUGGUAUUGCUGUUGGAGACAUGGUUCUGUCCAUUGACGGCAUUGCCACAGAGGGUAUGAACCACCUGGAGGCUCAGAACAAGAUCAAAAGCUGCAGUGGCAACCUCAGUCUUAACCUGCAAAAGGCCUCCAGUGUUUCCAAACCUCCUCCUGUGGCACCAAAGGUUGACAGAUCAGACAUCAUAAAACCAGUGGCCAUCACCCAUCCUCCUCCUCCACCCUACCCCCAACCUCACUCCUCCAGCCCUUCCACUGUCCCUCACAACAGGGCCCCCAGACCUUAUGGGGGCUGCGGAUCAGAGAGUGAAUACCCUCCUUCACAGUCCCCUUUUGCUGCCUUCAUUCCAUCCCCAUCCUCUGCCUUCACCCCUGCCUCCUCCUACACCAGUCCUCCUCCACCUCCACCUCCUGUCUCUUACCCAUCCUCUUCCUCCUCCUCCUCCUCCCCCCCUGUCCUCGUUCCGCCUCAGCCAACAGUGUAUAACACACCAAUCAACCUCUACUCCUCUGAGAAUGCGUGUGAGGUGGCCAUGGGGCAGAGGCGGGGCCUAUUGGACAAUCAAGGUGGAGCCUUGCCAAUGCAGUUUAAUGGAACUCCCAGGAAACAUGUUGUGGACACAGACAUUCAUUUUUACCAUGUGCCCACCCAUGCUGAUGCCAGCAGGAAACGCAUAAUGGAGGACACAGAGGACUGGCGCCCCCGCACCGGGACCACUCAGUCCAGAUCCUUCAAGAUUCUGGCCCAGAUCACUGGUACCGAGAAUGGUAUGUCACAGGUUGAGGAAUCUGACACAGCCAAGAAGACAAAUGAGGAGGGAGAGGAGCCAGAACUCAGCAGCCAUGAGUCUGCAGUUGUCAAGACCAUGAUCAAAGGACCUGCAGCAACCCAGGGUCCACGGACUAGUUUAAUCACACCGUCUUUUGGCAUGAAGGGUAAUGGAAGUGCAAGUGUCCCAAGGGGGCCUGUCCCAUUCCGACCUGCACCUCAACCUCACCCUAAAGAUGAGGACUCUCUGGUCCAAAUGGCAGAACACAUCCCUGCUGGGACUCGCACUCCCAUGUGUGCCCACUGCAACAUGGUCAUCAGGGGGCCAUUUUUGGUAGCAAUGGGGAAAUCAUGGCAUAAGGAGGAAUUUAACUGUGUCCACUGCCAUACAUCCUUGGCAGAUAUAGGCUUUGUUGAGGAACAGGGAUCUGUCUACUGUGAACACUGCUACGAAGAAUUCUUUGCUCCAACUUGCAGCCGCUGCCAGACCAAGAUACUGGGGGAGGUGAUAAAUGCCCUCAAACAGACGUGGCAUGUCUACUGCUUUCUGUGCGCUUCCUGUCAGCAGCCAAUCAGAAACAACACCUUCCACCUGGAGGAUGGAGAACCAUACUGUGAACAAGAUUUCUACAAUUUGUUUGGGACUGGCUGCCAUGGCUGUGAGUUUCCCAUUGAGGCUGGAGACAAGUUCCUGGAGGCCCUCGGCUACACCUGGCAUGACACCUGCUUUGUCUGUGCUGUGUGCUGCACCACUCUGGAAGGUCAGACCUUCUUCUCCAAGAAAGACAAACCUCUUUGCAAGAAACAUGCUCACACACUGAAAAUAUAA